AUGGAAUUCAUCAUCAUCAUGGAGGACGUCGAGUUCGACCUCCUCGCGCGGCUGGCGGAGGCCGCCCAUAAGUACCGAGUCUAUUCGGCCAUGGUCGCUUGUCGCCCUCAAAUGAAGGUUCAACACGACAAGCACCCUGUCGAGGUCCUUGUGUAUGCCCUCAAGCAUGGACAUGGGGAUAUUACCGACGUUGCAGCCCCGUUCACGGUCGGACGGCGCGCUGAAGAGAUGCUCAAGGUUCUGCCUUCGCAAGCAGAAUACACGAAAUGGGUGAGGCCGUCAUAUCCAGUGUUGGAGUUGCAGCUGAUGGAAUUUUCAAAAGACCUUAUAUAA